UCGAUAUGUGAACAUAUCUAGCACGACGGCAGCAACAAAACCACGAAUUAAUUUUUACUAAAUUUAAGCCAAACGCGCAUCGAAAAUGCCUGGAAAAUGCACCACUAAAUGCACGCGAAAAGUGAUGGAGCGCGAACGCGAGUGAAUCAAGUGAAAAUACAUCGGCAAAUAUCAGCGAAUUGUCGUUAGAAGGCAAGGAAAAACGGAGAAAAAGAAGAAAAGCAAUAAGUGCCGUGUGUGGGAAACGCGAAAAAGGCGAGAACAAAGAGGCGAAAAGCAAGGAAAUUGCGUGGAAAACGUGGAAAACGCGAAGGAGCGAAGCUCCAAGUUGGCCGCCAUCUCGAUUCGUGCGUAGGAUCAAUUAAGAUUCCGUGAGGCCGAGAAUCGGCUCAAAUCAAAUUGAAAUCAACUAAUAUUUUGGUAUUCAGUUAUUCAAAUGGAAUUCAUUCAUCGCCUGCGACUUUUAUUCGGAUCUGCCAACUAUUUUCGAAUUUGAAUUGUGUUUUUGCGGCUGGCGCAGAAUCUCUGAUAAAGCGGACGAAUAAAAAUCGAAAACAGAAAAAACACAACAAAUAUAAAAAAUAUAUAAAAUACAAAAAAUACAAAUCAAAUGCGGGGAGGCAGUAUUUACAUGCGAAAUGAAUGUUGGGCGGCGCGGGGAGUUUCUGUUAUAAUGCAAAUGUGAAUACAAAUAACGAAUGCGAACGCAAAUGUGACUGUGAAUGUGAAUGCGAAUGCGAGUGGAAGAAUUCCCGGCGCGAGUGAUAAAUAAUCCGACGACAAACAAAGCAGAAGCCUACACCGCGAGAAAGAGCAGUGCAAACACAUUUAUCUUUAUUGAGAGCAACAAUAUCAAGAUCGCGAUAAUAAAGCAUCGUAAACCUGCGGCCGCCGUCGACUAAGUAGUUCAUUAUUAUACUUCCCACAGUCGCAAAUAAUCAAAUGCAAAAAGGUGCUCAGCAUCGCCGGACAAGCGAGUAAUAUACGUGUCUUCUGUACGAAACAACCAAUUCAAUAAAAUAUAAUCACAAUCAAAGUAAUCAUAGAAAGGCAAAUCCCCCCGGCCGCCGAUGUGCCCCAGUGUGUGUGCGAGUGCUGUGCGAGUGCGAGUGUGAGUGUGAGUGUCGAGCAUUUCUGUGAUAUGAGUGCUAAAUGCCACAGGGCGAAGCAGCAGCAGCAUCAUGCAUCCAGCGGGCGAAAAAAGGGGCGGUCGCCCCAAUGAUAAAUACACGGCGGAAGCCCUCGAGAGCAUCAAGCAGGACCUAACCCGAUUCGAAGUACAAAAUAACCAUAGGAAUAAUCAGAAUUACACACCUCUGCGAUACACGGCGACCAACGGACGCAACGAUGCACUUACUCCGGACUAUCACCACGCCAAGCCGCCGAUGGAGCCGCCGCCCUCCGCCUCCCCGGCGCCGGACGUGGUCAUCCCGCCGCCGCCCGCCAUUGUAGGUCAGCCCGGUUCCGGCUCCAUAUCCGUGUCCGUGUCCGGCGUGGGCGUUGGAGUGGGCGUGGCGAACGGACGUGUGCCAAAGAUGAUGACGGCCCUGAUGCCGAACAAGCUGAUCCGCAAGCCGAGCAUCGAGCGGGACACGGCGAGCAGUCACUACCUGCGCUGCAGUCCGGCUCUGGACUCCGGAGCCGGCAGCUCCCGCUCGGACAGCCCCCACUCGCACCACACCCACCAGCCGAGUGCGCGGACGGUGGGGAAUCCGGGCGGCAAUGGUGGAUUCUCGCCAUCGCCCAGCGGUUUCAGUGAGGUGGCUCCGCCGGCGCCGCCGCCACGCAAUCCCACCGCCUCCAGCGCGGCCACGCCCCCGCCGCCAGUGCCGCCCACCAGCCAGGCGUACGUGAAGCGGCGAUCGCCGGCCCUGAACAACCGCCCGCCGGCGAUAGCGCCACCCACUCAGCGGGGCAACUCACCCGUCAUAACCCAGAACGGGCUGAAGAAUCCGCAGCAGCAGCUGACGCAGCAGCUGAAGUCCCUCAACCUGUAUCCCGGCGGAGGAAGUGGCGCAGUGGUGGAGCCCCCGCCGCCCUACCUAAUCCAAGGCGGCGCCGGCGGAGCAGCACCACCGCCGCCACCGCCCAGUUACACGGCCUCCAUGCAAUCGCGACAGUCGCCGACGCAAUCGCAGCAAUCGGACUACAGGAAAUCGCCGAGCAGUGGGAUCUACUCGGCCACCUCGGCGGGAUCGCCGAGUCCCAUAACCGUGUCCCUGCCGCCGGCGCCGCUGGCGAAGCCACAGCCACGCGUCUACCAGGCCCGCAGUCAGCAGCCGAUCAUCAUGCAGAGUGUGAAGAGCACGCAGGUGCAAAAGCCCGUGCUGCAAACGGCAGUGGCGCCCCAAUCCCCAUCGAGUGCCUCCGCCAGCAACUCACCCGUUCACGUGCUGGCCGCUCCACCCUCCUACCCCCAGAAGUCCGCGGCAGUGGUGCAGCAGCAGCAGCAGGCAGCAGCGGCGGCGCACCAGCACCAGCAGCAGCAUCAGCACCAGCAAUCCAAACCGCCGACGCCCACAACGCCGCCGUUGGUGGGUCUGAACAGCAAGCCCAACUGCCUGGAGCCGCCGUCCUAUGCCAAGAGCAUGCAGGCCAAGGCGGCCACGGUGGUGCAGCAGCAGCAACAGCAGCAAGUGCAGCAGGUGCAGCAGCAGCAGCAGGUGCAACAGCAGCAGCAGCAACACCACCAGCAGCAGCAGCAGCAACUGCAGGCGUUGAGGGUGCUCCAGGCACAGGCGCAGGCUCAACGGGAGCGGGAUCAGCGGGAGCGGGAACGGGAUCAGCAGAAGCUGGCCAAUGGGAAUCCCGGCCAGCCCAGGCAGCUGCCUCCGCCGCCGCCCUAUCAGAGCAACAACAACAGCGAGAUCAAGCCGCCCAGCUGCAACAACAACAACAUACAGAUAAGCAACAGCAACCUGGCGACGACGCCGCCCAUUCCGCCCGCCAAAUACAACAACAACUCCGCGAACACGGGCGCCAACAGUUCGGGGGGCAGCAACGGCUCCACCAGCACCACCGCCUCCUCAUCGACCACCUGCAAGAAGAUCAAGCACGCCUCGCCCAUCCCAGAGCGCAAGAAGAUCUCCAAGGAGAAGGAGGAGGAGCGCAAGGAGUUCCGCAUCAGGCAGUACUCGCCGCAAGCCUUCAAGUUCUUCAUGGAGCAGCACAUAGAGAACGUGAUCAAGUCGUAUCGCCAGCGCACCUAUCGCAAGAAUCAGCUGGAGAAGGAGAUGGUCAAGGUCGGGCUGCCCGAUCAGACGCAGAUCGAGAUGAGGAAAAUGCUAAACCAAAAGGAGAGCAACUACAUUCGCUUGAAGCGCGCCAAGAUGGACAAGAGCAUGUUCAUCAAACUGAAGCCCAUUGGCGUUGGUGCCUUUGGCGAGGUGACCCUGGUGCGCAAGAUCGACGCCUCCAACCAUCUGUAUGCGAUGAAAACCCUGCGGAAAGCCGACGUUCUCAAGCGGAAUCAGGUGGCCCACGUGAAGGCCGAGCGGGACAUCCUCGCGGAGGCGGACAACAACUGGGUGGUGAAGCUGUACUACAGCUUCCAGGACAAGGAUAAUCUCUACUUUGUGAUGGACUACAUACCAGGUGGUGAUCUGAUGUCGCUGCUCAUCAAGCUGGGCAUUUUCGAGGAGGAGCUGGCCAGAUUCUACAUCGCCGAGGUCACCUGCGCCGUGGACAGUGUCCACAAAAUGGGCUUCAUUCACAGAGACAUCAAGCCUGACAACAUACUCAUUGAUAGGGACGGACACAUAAAGCUCACCGACUUUGGCCUGUGCACGGGAUUCCGCUGGACGCACAACUCGAAGUACUACCAGGAGAACGGCAAUCACUCGCGCCAGGACUCGAUGGAGCCCUGGGAGGAGUACUCCGAGAACGGACCCAAGCCCACCGUGCUGGAGAGGCGACGGAUGCGCGAUCACCAAAGAGUCCUGGCCCACUCGCUGGUGGGCACCCCGAACUACAUUGCGCCCGAGGUGCUGGAGCGGAGUGGGUACACGCAGCUGUGCGACUACUGGAGCGUGGGCGUCAUCCUCUACGAGAUGCUGGUGGGUCAGCCGCCCUUCCUGGCCAACAGUCCGCUGGAAACGCAACAAAAGGUCAUCAACUGGGAGAAGACGCUGCACAUCCCGCCGCAGGCCGAGUUGUCCCGUGACGCCAUGGACUUGAUACGGAGGCUCUGCGCGGCGGCCGACAAGCGGCUGGGCAAAAGCGUGGACGAGGUCAAGGGCCACGACUUCUUCAAGGGCAUCGACUUUGCGGACAUGCGGAAGCAGAAGGCGCCCUACAUACCGGAAAUCAAGCACCCGACGGACACGUCCAACUUUGAUCCCGUGGAUCCGGAGAAGCUGCGCUCGAACGACUCCAACAUGAGCAGCGGCGAUGACAUCGACCAGAAUGACAAGCCCUUCCACGGGUUUUUCGAAUUUACCUUCCGUCGAUUCUUCGACGACAAACAGCCGCCCGACAUGACGGAUGAUCAGGCACCGGUUUACGUCUGAGGAAGAGCAUCCAAACCCCAACCCCAAAAUCAUUGUUAGUCAAAUAGUCACAAAAGGGGGAGAGAAGCCAUCGCGUGGGAUUGCAUUGUAAAGAGAGCGUGACUAUAGAAUGAAACUAUAUACAUAAUAUAAAUUAUAGGAGACACUAGAGGAGGGAGCUACGUAUAUACAUACAAAUAAUAUACAUAUAUAUACAUAUGCCUUGGGGCAUGAACUGAAUAAAUUUAAAACGGAGCAGAGUAGCGAUGAAACGAGAACGAGAGCGAGAGCGAGUCAGGACCUUCGACUUCCAACUGAGCAUAGUGUAUCCUUCUACUCCAAAACAAACGCUGUAACCAUAUAUAUUUAAAUUGUUAGAACGCAAAGGGACCAACAACUGGAAAAGCGAACCUUUCUGGUGCUCAAAGCAAAACAAAACGCCUUAAACGAGACGAGAACGCGAAUUUACCCAAACCCAACACAACCCAACCCAACCACACUCUCCUUCUCCACACCUCCGAUCGAUGGCCGGAUUCGAACUCAGCAGGCUGGUGGAAUCCGGCCAUCCCAUCCGGUUUCCCAUUCAGAAUCGAGAUUGCGAGGUGUGCGAUGGAGACCGGAGACGAACGGAGACAAACGGACAAACGUCGCACGGCAGCGAUAUAAGCGGGUCUUAUAAGCCUAAUCUAAAUCUAAUCUAGAAGAACAGAGGGACGGGACCUACAUUCAGUGCCUUUCUGCCCACUUCAUCAUCUAUCACUGCUCUUCCCAUGUGUCCUCCCCAAAAAGAACAAACUUAGACGUAACCUAUGUGAGAAACCUAGCAAUGUUAGACCAACUUGUUGAAUGCCAAAUGAAAUUGUUAAGCCGCCCCGCGAGGAAAAUGCGGAGAAAGCGGGGAAAAUUCAACACUUAUUCUCUGAUAGCAAAACAGAAAACACACAAAAGCGAUGCGAGGAGAUCUGAGGAAAUUGUAAUCUUUCUAAUGUAAUAUUGUAAAGAACACGUUAAUUGUAAUCUAUGCUAAAGUUGUGUAGCGCCCUAAGAUGUUUUUUAGUUUAUAGACCGCUAACCGUAAUCUAGUUUAAUUCCUAACACUAAGCGAGAGUACAUCGGUUUUUUUGUUUGUCGUAGGUUCGUUGGAAAAUGCUUAACGGAAAACGCUUUGUUUUUCUUUUUAAUUAGCUGCCGUUUGUAUGUGCGUGUGUUUUUAUUAUGAAUUAUAUAUACAUCCAUCUAGGUAUACGUUGGUGGAGCCUAUUUUAAAUGUGAGAUCGAGCUAAUUGAAGGAAAAUACAAACAAACUCUGUGCCUUGGCCAAUUAGUUUACUAAAGCAAAUUAAUAAAUGGAAAAGAAAAUGUAUCCAAAA